AUGGACAGAGAACCAGAAAAUGAAGAAAAUGAGGAGAAGAAUGACACAGAGAGGGUGGUGUCAGCAGAUUCCUCCGAUGAGGAGGACAAUUAUCCUAUUACUGUUCAUGAAAAUGAAAAAGAAGGUGUCCCAGCUGAAAUAGUUGCAUCAGAUCAUGAUGAAGAAAACUCUGAAAGUAUGAAAUCCACUGAAGAGGCCCCUGUUGAAGAAGCAGCCACCUCUGAGGCAGAAGAGAUCGGUAGAAAUGAGCUCCCUGGUGUGGAUAACAUCGCCACAAGUGAAGACUUGGAUGUAAAGAUAAAUGAAGUCAAUGAACCAAUAUUCUAUGAGGAGAGUGUUGUUUUUGAGAUAAACAGCAAUGAUGACAAUGGACCUUCCAGACUGCAUCUUGAGACUCCGGAGAGAGUGAACACCAGUCGAACACAAGAGGAGGACAAUGAGGCUGAAGAAGAGGAAUCCACUGCUGCUCCUGCAGACAAAGACAUCAACUACGAAGAAUACUUGCAGCUCCUCCAGGAGCGGUGUGAGGAGAGAGAUAAAGCCAGCCAACACAGCAGCCAGCUGCAGAUGAGACUGGCAGAAUAUUUCCACAAGAAGGCCGGAGACGAAGCCCAGCUGGAGAGGGAGAUGCCGGUGUCAGAGCAGCUGCAGGAGUAUAAGAAGUACAAUCAUUUCCUGACUGACCUGAAGCAGCAGCUCGCCGCUGACUCAGAGGCUGCUCAGCAGCAGGCAGAGACGCUGAGGUUACAGUCCCAAGAGAAGUUGGACAUGGUGGAAAAUGAAUGGCGAGCAUUUGUGACACUGAAGCGUGAUUUAGCUGUGACAGUGCUAAGCCUGGGUAAACAAGCUGCUCAGGCCAAAGUGGAGUCAACCCUGGCAGCAGAGCAGCUUCGGCAGGACGAACUGAUCAAGCUGCGCCUCGAGCAUAUCAAGCUGAGGAUCAAGAUUCACAGGGUGGAGGCAGAGCUCCGUGAUGGGGAGGAACACACCAGGGACCCCCUAAAGCUCCAGUUUAAGCAGUUGCAGGCUGAGAGGCUGGAGCUGAAAAAACACACUGAAAAGCAAAAUGAGGAAUCAUUAAAGAUGCAGAAAAAGAUCAGCAGUAGCUUGGAGCUCCUGUCAAACAUAAAGGAGAAGCUGUUCUGGAGCCAAAUGGAGGUCCAGGCCAAGCGAGAGCAGCUGGCCUUGGUGGAGGCCACGGUGGCCAGGAAGAGGGACCUCCUGACCAGAACUAAGCAGGCACGCAACGGCCUGCAGAGAGACAACCUGAGGUUGAAGGAGUGUCGUGGACUGCUUGGGAACAGGGUCCUGCUGCAGGACUUUGAGAACACUGUGGAUGACUCCGACCACCUGGAGGAACAACUGGAGAAUCUGAAGGGCCGGCAGGCUGAGAUUGUCUUCAGCUGUGGCAGAUGGAAGAAGAAGCUGGAGACAGAUUCAACAGGGAGCCAUCAGGAACGAAAAUGAGCAUCAGGCCUUACAAUUUGUAUUUUUAUCCUGUGUACGACCAAUUCUGCAUUUAGGGCAUUUCAUAAGUCUGUAACUGACAAGCUUUGUGACACUUUGAAAGGUCAGGGUUCUACAUGUCCGCUUAAAAUUAUUGUAAAAUCUAUGAUGUUGAAGUCAUUGUUAAAAGCCUAUAGAAUCAUGAUUUGUGAUUUAAAAGGGAUUACAGCAAACAUGGGAAAAGUCAAAAUAAAAAUGUCGGUCAAUAUUUUA